GGUGUCAUGGCGGCCGGAGCGCCGCGGAAGCCGGGCCGGGUGCCGGUGCGGCUGUCGCGGCGGCGGCGGGGCGGCUGCAGCGGCGGGGGGGCGAUGUGAGACGGGGCCGGCGCCAUGUCGGGGUGCGUGUGGGGCGCGGCGCCGCUGCUGGAGGCGCUGGGCCGGCUGUGGGAGGUGCAGGCGCCGCUGGGCAGCGGCUCCUCGGCCUCCGUCUACCGGGUGCGCUGCUGCGGGGACCCGCGGGUUCCCCCCGGCGCCGUCAAGGAGUUCGUGCCGCCCCCGCCGCGGCCUGGCCCCGCUCGUCGCCCCGGCGCCCGCCCGCCCGCCGCCGACUGCGCCGAGUACGGCUUCCGCAAGGAGCGCGCCGCGCUCGAGCACCUCCGCGGCCACCGCAACAUCGUGACGCUCUACGGCGUGUUCACCAACCACUACUCUGCCAACGGCCCCUCUCGCUGUCUGCUGCUGGAGCUGCUGGACAUCAGUGUGUCUGAGCUGCUGCUGCACUCCAGCAACCAGGGCUGCUCCAUGUGGAUGAUCCAGCACUGUGCCAGAGACGUCCUGGAGGCCCUGGCUUUCCUGCACCACAAAGGCUACGUGCACGCAGACCUCAAGCCACGCAACAUCCUGUGGAGCGCCGAGGAGGAGUGCUUCAAGCUCAUUGACUUUGGACUUAGCUUCAAAGAGGGGAAUCAGGAUGUGAAGUACAUCCAGACGGAUGGGUACCGGGCUCCCGAGGCGGAGCUGCAGAACCGCCUGGCGCAGGCCGGGCUGCCCAGCGACACCGAGUGCACCUCUGCCGUCGACCUGUGGAGCCUGGGGGUCGUCCUGCUGGAAAUGUUCUCAGGAAUGAAACUGAAACACACAGUCCAAUCUCAGGAAUGGAAGGCGAACAGCUCUGCCAUCAUCGAUCGCAUCUUUGCCAGUGAGGGGGUGGUGAAUUCAGCCAUUCCAGCUUAUCACCUCAGAGACCUUAUCAAAAGCAUGCUUCAUUGUGACCAGGGGAAGCGAGCCUCGGCGGAGAAGGCCUUGUGCAGCCCCUUCUUCAGCAUUCCCUUCGCUCCUCAUAUUGAAGAUCUGGUGAUGCUCCCCACACCUGUGCUGAGGCUGCUGAAUGUUCUCAGUGAUGCUUCUCUGCAGUGUGAAGAAGAAUAUGAAGACAUCCUGGAGGACAUCAGGGAGGAGUGCCAGAAGUACGGACCCGUCGUUUCCUUGCUUAUUCCAAAGGAGAAUCCUGGUAAAGGCCAAGUCUUUGUUGAAUAUGCAAAUGCUGCUGAUUCCAAAGCUGCCCAAAAAAUGCUGACUGGAAAGAUUUUUGAUGGCAAGUUUGUGGUGGCUACGUUUUACCCCCUGAGUGCCUAUAAGAGAGGAUAUCUGUACCAAAACUUGCUGUAGGCAGUAGCAACAAUCAGGAGAGUUGUCUUGCUCCUCUUCCUCACAUGUUCUUGCAGCUGAAUGUAUGAAAGAGCUUCCUAGCCCUGCUUUUGAGUCAUCUAUAUGAAGGAGAGAUGCAAAGGACUUGAUUGGGCUUUGAAACCUUUCCUGCUGCUUUGUGGUGUGCAGAGGGGGCCGGGAUGGCUUUCAGCCUGUGCUUGUCUGUGUGUUGUGCUUGCUCGUUUCCACUGGGGGGGUGGCUGUGCCCUGCUGGGGGCUUGGCUGGCAGGAGUGGUGGCUCUGGGAGGCUGAGCAACCUUGGCAAGUGCUUUGAAGUGAGGACAUUUAUAGUCUUUGCCUUAGCAGCACUUGACUUGGCUCUAGGGAGAGGAUUUCUUUGUGAAGCUUUCCUGUACCUGCUCUCUUCUCCAGGGCAGGGGAGGAGCAGGAGGAGGAGGGAGGCUUCCCUGCUUUUUGGUGGUGUCUGUGGUAAAGUAAAGCAGCAGAAGCAGCAGCUUCUCUAAACCAAACCAGGAGCAGUGUUGAGUCUUUGCAUCAUGUAGAUGUGCUGAAGGAGGCAGUGAAAUCAGACCUGCUGAGCCUGCAGGUGCUACCCUGUCACCACCUUGUGACCUGAGGAGAGCCAUCCAUCCCACCUGGCACAGAUGGCACGCUGGGCAGUGAGGCGUGGGUGAGGGUGCCUGCAGAGAGCUGACUUUUCCUGUGUCCCUGAGAUGGGCAGGGGCUGAUGGUGGCUGGGUAGAGGACAUCACUGCAGUGCCAGCCUCACUCUGGGCACAACCUGUAAGCACUUUGUAGCUGGAGGCGAUGUGGAAACCUGCUCGUGUAGAGCCAGCUCUGGAGCAUGUCCCCUGUGCUGGCACUGGUGCUCCCCAGCCCUGACACCAGAUCAUCCCUAGGUGUCUUUAGGUGAUAGUUUUGGAAAGGAGUGCCUCAGCAGGCAGUGUCCUUUGUGUCUCAGCAGGACUCCUGCCCUGUGGGCCUCAGAAGAAAGAGCAAACCUUCUCUGUCCUGGUCCCGUGCUUGGCUUUUCUGUUGUGGGGGUUUGGCUUGGCUUUAACUCCCCAGGCUUGUAGAUUAGAAGCACUGACACUUUGUGGUCCUUCACAGGUCACACAAAGGGCCUGAGGUAAUCUGAGAUCCUGCAUGGAAAGGCCUCUGUCAGUCAUCAGGUGUGACCUGUGUUAGAUUCUGUGGUCCUGCUCUGGCAGGGGGGGUUGGAUUCAAUGAGCUUCAGAGGUCCCUUCCAAGCCCUGAC